AGCUCGUAAAUUAUUCACAGUGGAGGAAUGUGUGUCAUCAGCAUCAUCGGUGCCACCAGCCCUCAGUCAUCUGCCAACUUCUCACCCAGAAAUAUGGUUCCUAUGGUGGGCUGCUGAUGCUUCACAGGUCAUGAACUCCAGCACAGAUGCUAAUAGAGGAGUGAAAGCAGCUCUUGCAUUGCUCCGGCUGCUUGAGUGACAUUGAGUCUGCAGCAGAGAGACAGAGUCGACUCUUAAGACGCCAUAUGCACAAAGCAGAGCUGCGUUUUUUUUCUUUUUACUGUGUGAAACUUCCUGAUCACUAAAUACCACUGAUUUAAGACAAAAACCGACUUUUUUCUAAUAAGAAAAACUUCUUGCGACUAAUGCUACGUUUUUGAGUGAGGCGUUAAGUUCCUCAUUUUUGUAUUUGGCAGUGGGGGCGAGGUUUAGUCAGAAGUACCACUUGUUAGUUUCAGUAUAAACUGGCUGCUUUUCAGAGAAAUCAUAGCGUAUUCAUUGUGCUGGAUUCAACAGCUUUUUUUUUUUUUUAAAAAAGUAUAACAUCUGAAAUCUUGCGUUCAGAAAGAUGUGGAUACAAGAUGAGGAGAGCACAGUUGCAGACUCUGAUGAGGACAGCUGCUUAUCUUCUGAGGAUUGGGAAGAUAUUCAGUGCGAGAUCCUGGAGAAGCAGCGAGACGAGGCCAAUCAGAGGCUGAUGGAGCUGGAGGAAGCUUCCAAUCAGCUGCUGAAGGAGAUGAACAUGUUGGAGAUCCAAUUCCAGGUGGAGCGCUCCUGCAGGGAGAGCGCGGAGGCUCUGGCUCUCAAAGUCAGCAAAGAGAACACGGCCCUGAAAAGAAAGAGCCAGAUGCUGUUGCCACUGAUCUCCAACCUCCCAGAGGACCUGGUCACUGUGACCCUUGACCCAGAGACUGACCUUGCGGUUGAUGUCGAUGCGGUUGGUUGCGAUGUGGUUGAUGGUGAUGUGUUUGAUGGAAGUCUGGUUAAUUUCAGGGAAAGUAACAGUGAAGAGAACUUGCUGCUUGAAAGUCAGGCCAAGAUCACAGCAAUGCAGGCGUCGUUGGACGGCCUGCUGGCUGAGAAGCUGCAGCUGGAGCAUCAGGUGGAGGAACUGACCAGAGAGCAGGUCCAGCUCAGAGAGCAGCUUGUUGCAGAGGCGGAGGAGAAGGAAGCCAUCCUGAGGAAAAUGAGCAAGCAGACCAAGACCAUGACCAAAAUCAAAAGAGUCUCCCAGCUUGUCACCGAGGAGUUCACAGAAAUGUCUCAGAAGCUGGAGCUGGAGCAGGGCCUGCGGCAACACGCCGAAGUCUUCGCCCAUCAGAUGUUGGCGGAGCAGAAGGGGGCCGAGAGGCCGAGCGCGACGGAGGCAUGCGCCUCCGAGGCCGACGUGCGGCUUGGGCUGCAGCAGGCGCUGACGCAGAUCUGCGGCAUCAACACGGCCCUGUGCAACAUCCAGCGCUACUACCAGGACCAGAUCAAACCGGGUACGGGCGCUGAGGAGGAGCUGCAGGACCUGAGAGAACAGCUGAGGAAGAGCGAGGAUGAGAGGAAGGCGUUGGAGGGUCGAGUGUCUCAGGCCGACGCACCAGUCACAGAGCUGAGGGAGCAGCUGAGGAAGAGUGAAGAGGAGAGGAAGACUUUGGAGGGUCAGCUGUCUCAGGCCGCAGCGUCAGUGGCGGAGCUGAGAGAGGAAGUGAAACAAUUACAGGAAAGGAUGAACACAGAGGAGAAAAAUGAAGAUCUGGAGGAAGUAACUGCUCCUCUUCCUCCACCUCCUCCUCCUCCUCCUCCGCCUCCUCUUCCUUCAGCCACUCCUGUCAUCAACUUGCAGGAUUUCCUCAGGAGCAGGAAGCAUCGAGUCGACAGAGGCGAUAACAGCAAGCCAGCGCCGCUGAACGACAUUAAGGCAAAGGCAGUGGAUGAAAUGAUGGAGAGAAUAAGGAAAGGCAUUGUCCUGAGGCCCAUAAAAAACAUCCAGGAAGAAGACAGUUCAUGGAGGGACCAGAGGAGUGAAAACAGGAAGUCAGCCGUCCUGGAAUUAAAGGGAAUGCUGGACAACAUUAAGCGGCAGCACCUCCGCAGGGUGCCCUCCAGGAGGGGGAUCGGCAGGAACGUCGGCGAGGCAGAGCUGCAGCUGGUCCUCCAGAGGAGAAGAAGAGCGAUGGGAGAAAACCCGGACCGGCAGUCCUCAGCUCCAACCUGCGAUCUCCAGCCGGGCCAGCAGCGUGUCCCAGCGGCAGGUGACUGUCCCUGGGCCGGUGAGAGCGGCAGUGCACCUGUGCUCCGGAGGCUGAAGCAAAACAGGGAGAAGAGAGAUUCCCGCAUCAGAGCGUCAGCGCUGAUCGUCAGCCACGGAGGCGUACAGCAGCCUCUCCAACAAAAUGUGCCAUCGUAACGCCUUACGUAAAGACGCACUCCUGUAGCUACGGCGAUUACUGCCUGAUUUAUUUUUUGGUUAAUGUUCAAAUAAAACACGUAUUAAACAAACUA